AUGUCCGAACAAACCGAGAAAAAGCGCUUCGAGCCCAAGCAGCCCGUCCAGCUUGAUCCGCCCAAGGAUGAUCCCAUAACGAUGGAGGAGCUGUCGAAAUGCGACGGCACGGAUCCGAACCGUCCUAUCCUCGUCGCUAUCAAGGGCACUGUCUUUGACGUCACCAGGAACCCCGCAUAUGGUCCUCAGGGUCAAUAUCACGUCUUCGCUGGCAAGGAUCCCUCUCGCGCGCUGGCCAUGUCAUCCCUCAAACCCGAAGACUGCCGACCGGACUGGUACGAUCUGGACGAGAAGGAGAAGACGGUCCUGGACGAGUGGUACACGUACUUCAGCAAGCGCUACAAUAUCGUCGGGCAGGUGCAGGGCGCUACCAACAAAUAA